AUGACAAAAGACACCGCCAGUCAGCAUGAAAAGACACCAGACCAAACACCGCCAGUCAGCCUGACAAGACACCAGACACCGCAAUUCAGCGUGGCAAGAUACCAGACACUGGCAGUCAGCCUGACAAGAUACCAGACACCGCCAGUCAGCGUGACAAGACACCAGACACCGCAAUUCAGCGUGACAAGAUACCAGACACCGCCAGUCAGUGUGACAAGACACCAAAUACCGCCAACACCAGGCACCGACAGUCAGCGUGACAAGACACCAGACACCUCAAGACAGCAUGACAAGACACCAGACACCGCCAGUCAGCGUGACAAGACACCAGACACCACCAUUCAGCGUGACAAGACAACAGACACCGCCAGUCAGCAUGACAAGACAACAGACACCGCCAGUCAGUCAGCUCAGCGUGACAAGACACCAGACACUAUCAUUCAGCGUGACAAGACAACGGACACCGCCAGUCAGCGUGACAAGACAAUAGACACCGCCAGUCAGCGUGACAAGACAAUAGACACCGCCAGUCAGCGUGACAAGACACCAGACACCACCAUUCAGCGUGACAAGACAACAGACACCGCCAGUCAGCGUGACAAGACACCAGACACCACCAUUCAUCGUGACAAGACACCAGACACCACCAGUAAGCCUGACAAAACAGCAGACACCGCCAGUCAGCGUGACAAGACACCAAACACCGCAAGACAGCAUGACAAGACACCAGACACCGCCAUUCAGCGUGAAAAGAUACCAGACACCACCAUUCAGCGUGACAAGACACCAGACACCGCCAGUCAGCGUGACAAGACACCAAACACCACCAUCCAGCGUGACAAGACACCAGACACCACCAUUUAG